GGAGGGACGUGCCCACGCAUGCGCGGGGCCGGCGGGUAUGGCGGCGCCGUCGCUCCCCACGCCGCGGUACGAGCACGUCGGGCGGCCGGGGCCGUUCCGGGAUGUGUACCGGCCGGCCGAGGACACCUUCCUGCUGCUGGACGCUCUGGAGCGGGACGCGGCCCGCCUGAGGGAGGCUCGAGUUGACAUCUGCCUUGAAAUAGGAUCUGGAUCUGGUGUGGUUUCAACAUUUCUAGCUUCUUCCAUUAUUGGCUCCAAUGCACUGUACAUAUGUACAGAUAUCAACCCGAUGGCAUCUUACUGUACACUGGAGACAGCUCUGCUUAACAAUGUUCACCUUCAGCCAGUCAUUACUGACUUGGUCAAAGGACUGUCUCCGAGAUUAAAUGGGAAGGUUGAUCUACUGCUAUUUAAUCCACCGUAUGUGGUAACACCUUCUGAAGAGGUGGGAAGCCAUGGAAUAGAGGCAUCCUGGGCUGGUGGCAAAAAGGGCAGAGAAGUAAUGGAUCGAGUUUUCCCAUUAGUACCAGACCUACUUUCACCAGGAGGAUUAUUCUACUUGGUCACAAUUAAAGAAAAUGAUCCAGAUGAAAUUGUGGAAACGAUGAAGAAAUGUGGCUUAGAAGGCACACGAGUACUUUCCAGGCAAGCAGGACAAGAGAUGCUUACUAUCCUCAAAUUCAGGAAGCAUCAAUAACUGCUCUUAACCUUCGAGAUACUAGGCGUGCAGAAAGUUGAACAGAGUACUGAAGCUGUCAAAUGAAUUUUUAAGCCAAGACUUUCACCCGCUUAAGGUAUAUCCUCACUUCCCGAUUACUGCAGUGAAACUGCUCAAGACUACUUUUAUCCCGGAUGUUAACCAGCUAUUGCCUGUUGUCAGAGGUAGAGUCAUCCUCUGGUUAUCUGCAGGACAGUUGGGGGGGAACCAUGAAAUACCCUACCUUGUUGCAUUUGCACUUAAGCACUGAAGACUUUCCUCUAUAAAGAGAUAAACAUGAAUAUGAAGACAAAUAUGGGGUAGUGGCAUUUAGAGGGAAGACCCACAGAAUCAUAGAAUGUCCUGACUUGGGAGGGACCCACAAGGAUCAUCGAGUCCAGCUCCUGUCCCUGCACGAGACAGCCCCAAAUUCACAACCUGUCUCUGAGGGCCUUGUCCAAGUGCUUCUUGAAUGUCAUCAGGGUUGGCGCCGUGACUGCCUCCCUGGGGAGCCUGUUCCAGUGCUCCACCACCCUCUGGGGGAAGAACCUUUUCCUCAUGCCCAACCCAACCCUCCCCUGGCACAUCUCCCUGCCAUUCCCUCGGGUCCUGGCGUUGGUCACCAGAGAGAAGGGCUCAGCGCCUGCCCCUCCCCCUCCCCUUGGGAGGAAGCUGCAGGCCGCGAUGAGGUCUGCCCUCAGCCUCCUCCAGGCUGGACAAACCAAGUGACUUCAGCUGCUCCUCGUACGGUUUCUCCUCUAAACCCUUCACCAACUUCGUGGCCCUCCUCUGGACGCUCGCUCCCUAAUAGCUUUAUAUCCUUCAUGUACUGUGACGCCCAACACUGCACCCAGCACUCGAGGUGAGGCCGCACCAGCGCAGAGCAGGGCGGGACAAUCCCCUCCCUCGACCGGCUGCAAUGCAGGGCUUGGUGCACCCCAGGGCACGGUUGGCCCUCUCGGCUGCCAGGGCUCACUGUUGGCUCAUGUUCAGCUAGCUGUCGACCAGAACCCCCACAUCCCUCUCCUCAGGGCUGCUCUCCAGGCCCUCGUUUCCCCAUCUGUAUGUACAGCCAGGGUUGCCGUGCCCCGGGUGCAAAAUCCAGCACUUUCCCUUGUUAAACUUCAUAUGGUUGGUGACUGCCCUGCUCUCCAGUCUGUCCAGAUCUCUCUGCAGGGCCUCUCUGUCCUAGAGAGUGUCAUCAAACUUUUUUAAUAGACUCAGUCAUGUUAAGGAUGUUACUUGAUAUUUAUGCUAUAUACAAGAAAUUCUAGUACUUGAAACUACUGAGUCUAAAAGACCUGUGUUUCACUGACCAAAGUGAGACUACACACAGGCCUUUGUUGAUUCUUGCCUUCUGAAUAACUUGUCUAAGGAAUGUCAAAGUUGGGAAACUGAGAGGGAACAUUGUGGCCAUCUAUGAAAUAACGCGUUUCCAGUUUUCCAUCAAAGAAUUUAAGCAAAGCUUUGCUCUUGCAGCCUACCAGCUAGUCGCUUCUGAGAAGUCAUAUUUCAAUUUGACUGCCUCCUACUUCUGACUUGAUGGCGGACCCUUUGCAAAGCUACACUUUUCUUGUUGUUCAGUUUUCACUUACAAAACUGUAAGGAGAGGAGAUUUUAUGCUUAGCAAUUUUGCUUUUAUGCAGAGUCAUGGGUGUUGAGGUAAUGGUUACAGCCAGAGGGCUGUUUGAAUGAACCAAAAUGUUGUCAUCCUUAGACCGCCCCAGGAGUUUUGGGGCGUUAACCACUUUAGCUAACAAAGUUCGGUUGCUGAGCAAGAAUCACAACAUCAAAAGACAAUUUUAAGAUAUAGUUUGAUUCUAUUACAUGGUUUGACUACAAGUUUAACAAAAGGAAUUUUUAGUUAACAACUAGCUUUUAGUUGUAAGAGUUUUGAAAGCGGUAAUCAGAGAUUAAAAAAGAGCAGUCAUCUGGUGCAGUAGAUCACAAUGCUCAAUGGUGUAGGCAGUGUUAAAUUAUAAAGGACAGCAUAAAGAAAAUCAGAACAGAAAGUGUAAUAAAAUAUUACAUGCUUUCACCAAAAAAUGAUUGCACUGGACUGUCUAACAGCUGGGUAUUUAGACAAAAAAAAUGUGUCUACUUUAAUAAAUCAUGAGUCAAUUCUCUCGGCCACACUGUAUUGCUGCCUGCUGCAACUGUAGUGGAAGCACUUCUCAAAAUGCAAUCCACAUAAGAACAGAGGUGACUUCUGCAAGAACCUAUUCCUAUUAAUGCUGCCAUCAACCUCAUGAGGACUGGGAACUACUGACAGGCCAGGCAGGUGGUUUUUGUUUGGUUGGUUUUUCUGGUUUGUUUCGGGGUUGGUUUAUUUGUUUUGGGUUUUUUUUGUGUGUGUGUUUGUUUUUAAAACUAACUAUGCCUACACACUCUGCAUGACCUAAUAUUUGCCAGGGCAUACCUGUUCCCUUCUCCUAGAAGACCAAAGAACACAGCACUGCUUCUGGAGAGUUCUGGGGGGCGUACGGCUGCAUUCAGUGCACGUGAGAAUAAGCCACAUGGUAGACAGAGACUUCCUAUGUAGUGUUCAACUUAACCAGAAGCAAGCAAAAAUCCUGCUCCCCGAGGCCCCUAAGCACUGCUCUGUCAGCCAGUACCGGCGUCAAAAGACACACUGCUGCUUUUGCAAGCACCUGCACUUCUUUUUUCUACCAGAACCAAGACAAAAGCUCUCCCCAGGCUGUUCCUAGUAGACAAUUUGCAAGUUAGAGUCUGCUAGAAGAGUUUAAGAUGUCUCUUUUCAAACAAUACCUGGUUAACCACAACUAGCCUUCAGAUCGGUUAUUGAACUUGCACAUAAAUCGUUUAGAAUAGCCAGUCGUGUCUGAAACAAAGUGAUGCAACGGAGACACACCUGGAGGUUUAGUAUCAGUAAUCACAAAAACAAUAAAGCUUGCUCCUUAAUCUGUGUUUUCAGUUAGACCUUUUCAAUACCAGUUUUAAAUCCUUUCCCUUCUCUCUUUCUCAAAAAAUGUCAGGAAAUUUAUCUUCUGGAAGCCCAGUGUUACCUGUUUAAAAUAUAUACUUAAGUUAUCAACAGCCAAAAUCAUUUCCAGGGUUAUCACCUCAAAAGGGACCAACUUUGAGAAAACAUACAGGAUCUAAAAAAAAACCAGCUGUUGAGGUACAGCCAAUUGCGUAUGCUAUAAACUUGGCAUCUGAAAAUGUGUGCUAUUAAUUUCUGAAAGUUUAUCACACAGAGGAAGAGACAGCAAUCCAGAGACUACAAAUAUUGACAAAAGUCCUUUAUUCCUCCCCUUUUAUGGACUUUUUAAACAAGUCCACCACAAAUACCAUCCAAGUUUGAACAUGUUCGUAUGCUACUGCUGUUAAAAAAGCAUGAAAAAAUGUAUAGUUGAAGACAAUAUUAAGUUCUGAUACAUC